CCCAAAAGAAAUGAAAAAUGGAAAAAUGACCCCACCGCCAAACCUCCCAAAUCCCCGGCUCAAUUUCGCUCAAUCGAACCGGUCAAGUUGUUCUCCAGAGCAGGAACCGGUCAAGCCCCUUUCCUCAUAGAUAACCGAAACUACUACUCUGAGCCAAUCAGAUAUUCCCACGUGGCCUAUGGCCAUUGGCCCACCUUCGAGAAUCCAAUGACAAGCAUUCCUUCAUUUCUUCUCCUCAAUUUCCUAUAUAAAAAUAUAUUGACUCACUCGCUUGCUCUUUACUUCAUCUCAAUCCUCACUCACUCCCUCACUAAAAAAAUGGCGCGAAAAUCUUGCCACCUCUUUCCGGCCAUCGCAAGAUUUUCCGGCAUUUUCCUCGCCAUUGCUUUAAACCUUCUCCUCAACAACUCCGUUGCCGUCUCCGGCGGCCAAGAUUACCGUGACGCGCUUAAAAAAAGCAUCCUCUUCUUCGAAGGCCAGCGUUCAGGCAAGCUUCCACCGGACCAACGUCUCCGUUGGCGCCGGGACUCCGCUUUGCACGAUGGAGCAUCCGCCGGCGUGGAUUUGACCGGAGGAUACUACGACGCCGGAGACAACAUAAAGUUCGGUUUUCCGAUGGCCUUUACGACCACAUUGUUGUCGUGGAGCAUCAUAGACUUCGGGAAGAACAUGGGGAGCGAAUUGGGUAAUGCAUUGAAAGCCGUGCGUUGGGCCACGGAUUAUCUGUUGAAGGCCACGGCGAAGGACGGCGUUAUUUACGUCCAAGUCGGCGACCCGAUUUCCGACCAUGACUGCUGGGAAAGACCCGAAGAUAUGGACACGUCACGAACUGUGUACCAGGUUGACGCCGACCAUCCCGGCUCCGACGUGGCCGGUGAAACCGCCGCCGCAUUAGCAGCUGCUUCCAUUGUCUUCCGGCGGUGGGACCCGGCUUACUCUAGACUGCUACUCAAUCGUGCCAUUAAGGUGUUCGAGUUUGCUGACAGGCACCGGGGUGCGUACAGUUCCAGCCUGCGUCACGCAGUUUGCCCUUUUUAUUGUGACGUUAAUGGUUACCAGGAUGAGUUGCUGUGGGGAGCAGCCUGGUUGCACAAGGCGUCCAGGAGGCGGGAAUACAGGGAGUACAUUGUGAGGAACGAAGUCGUUUUGAGGGCGGCAGACACCAUCAAUGAGUUCGGAUGGGAUAACAAACACGCCGGAAUCAAUGUCCUCAUUUCCAAGGAAGUUUUAAUGGGAAAAUCAGACGAUUUAAAGGCAUUUCAGAGGAAUGCAGAUGGUUUUAUUUGCUCUAUACUCCCUGGAAUUUCUCAUCCUCAAAUCCAAUAUUCUCCUGGUGGAUUAAUCGUGAAAGAAGGAGUGUGUAACAUGCAGCACGUUACGUCCUUAUCUUUCCUGCUGCUCGCUUAUUCCAAUUAUCUAAGUCACGCCAAUAAAGCCGUGCCAUGUGGCGAGACUUCUGCUUCUCCUGCUCUCCUCAAACAUUUAGCCAAACGCCAGGUGGACUACAUUCUUGGAGAUAAUCCGAUGGGAAUGUCGUACAUGGUGGGCUACGGAGCACAUUACCCGCAGAGGAUCCACCAUCGAGCCAGUUCGUUACCGUCCAUUCAGGCCCACCCGGCCCACAUUGGGUGCAAAGAAGGAUCUCGUUAUUUCCUCAGUCCAAACCCAAAUCCCAACCGUUUGAUUGGAGCUGUGGUUGGUGGACCCAACACCACAGAUGCGUUCCCAGACGCCAGGCCUUUCUUUCAGGAGUCUGAGCCCACUACUUAUGUUAAUGCUCCGUUAGUGGGCCUGCUUGCGUUCUUCUCAGCCCAUCCGUGAACCUGUAGUAUAUCAUUAUUCGGAAGUGUGUGUAAAGUGAAAUGAGAGAGAAUGUAGUGGUGUGCGAAGGCCACCCUCUCUACAAGUCGAGCUUAAAGUAUUGUGAUUAGUUCUUUCGGCCUAAAUACCCUAUGUAAUGUACUGUUCUUAUUUAUUUUGAGCCUAAUUAAUGUAAUGUGUCAGUUAUGAAAUGUGGCUUUCUUACAUUGCAUUAACAUCCAAAAUGCUAUCAAGAUAUACUAUACUCCCU